AUGCCGCCACGCUUGCUAGUCAGUGGGGAAAACGUCGCCAGUGGCGGGGCAUCUGAUGGUACAGAACACGGGAUUCUUCCGGCUGCUAGUGUUGACGCGCCUCAAAAGUCCUCUCAUGACUCAGCAUCUUAUGGUGCAGAGCACGGGAUUCUUCCUGCUGCUGGUAGCAGAUUUUUACUGCCAACGCAGUGCUUCUCACAUGCAGAGCAACCAGGGGGGUAUCAAUUCAACAGUGGUGAUGCAGCGGGCAGCAGUGCUGGGACUGGUGCAUGGGAUGGUGCUGGGAGUGGUGCUGGUGGUGCUGGAAGUAGUGCUGGUGGUGCUGGAAGUAUUGCUGGUGGUGCUGGGAGUGGUACUGGUGGUGCUGGGAGUGGUGCUGGUGGUGCUGGGUGUGGUGCUGGUGGUGUUGGAAGUAUUGCUGGUGGUGCUGGGAGUGGUACUGGUGGUGCUGGGAGUGGUGCUGGUGGUGCUGGGAGUGGUGCUGGUGGUGCUGGGAGUGGUGCUGCUGGUGCUAGGAGUGGUGCUGGUGGUGCUAGGAGUGGUGCUGGUGGUGCUGGGAGUGCUUCUACUGGAGCUGGGCGUGGUGCUCGUGGCGCCAGGAGUGGUGCUGGUGGUGCUGGGAGUAGUGCUAGUGGUGCUGGGGAUGGUGAUGGAAAUGCUGCUGGGGACGAUGCUGGUUAUGCUGCUCAGGAUGCUACGCGGGAUGGCGCGGCCUGCAGUGCAGCCAGAAGUGGCGGUGGUCACACGGCUUCUGGCACACAGGGGGAUCACAGGCCUCAUACGUUGGGAGAGGAGCACGCAGAGGAGAGGAAGCGCAAAAGGAAGCUAUCCAACUGUGCGUCCUCGCGGCGAGCACGGCAGCGGCAGCAGGAUCGUCUGGCACAGCUUGAAAUGGACGCUGCGAAUCUGAAGCUGGACAAUGCGAGCGCACAUCGACAGUUGAAAGAGGCUAAUGAGCAGAUACGGCAGUUCCAAGUGGAAAAGGAGCAGUCGGAGCAAGAAGUGAGGCGAUUGCGACUGGAGUUGAGCAGUAUACUGCCGUCCGGUUGGAAGAUUCGUGAGGAUGGGGGCGUGGAGGAGGGUGAAGCAUGCGUCCAAAGCGAGCCGGGAGCUGCUCGGUGCCAAGGUGUUGGUAGCGGCGGGGCUUCCUCUGACCCGUUGCCAUCCAGGGGAGUAGAGAACUUGUAA